UAGUGCCGGCCGGUCGGUUUCUUUGUAAGAAAUAUAUUCGUAAGUGAAGCGAUAACAAAUACGUCGAAAAUAAAAUUGGGAUGGCAGAUCACGGAUUUCUAAAGCAAAAACCUGGUUUUGCUACUAUCGCUAUUCACGCUGGCCAAGAACCGGAAAAAUGGAAUUCAGCAGCCGUGGUUACACCCAUUGUCACAUCCACUACAUUCAAACAGCCAGCACCGGCCGAACAUACGGGUUUUGAAUACGGUCGCUCUGGAAAUCCUACUAGAAACACCCUAGAAGAAUGCUUAGCUGCAUUAGACGGCGGAAAAUACGGUCUAACGUUCGCUUCUGGCCUCGGAGCGACCACAACUUUGGUUGCUCUGCUAAAUCACGGAGAUCACAUCGUGUCCUCAGAUGAUGUAUACGGCGGUACAAACAGACUAUUAAGGCAAGUAAUCGCAAGAUUGGGAAUCAACACUACAUUUACGGACUUUACAAAUAUUGAAAAAGUAAAGAACGCCAUGCAAGAAAACACCAAGAUGAUCUGGAUAGAGACCCCAACAAAUCCAUUAUUAAAAGUCGUUGACAUUGAGGCGAUCGUAAAGAUCGCGAGGAGUCGCGGAGACAUUAUCGUUGUUGUAGACAAUACCUUCUUGACGCCGUAUUUACAAAGACCUUUAGAUUUCGGAGCGGACAUCGUUAUGUACUCGCUAACGAAAUAUAUGAAUGGUCAUUCUGACGUCAUAAUGGGAGCCGCUAUUGUAAAUGACAAAGCUAUCGGAGACAAACUAAGAUUCUUGCAAAACGCCAUGGGCAUCGUUCCGUCACCGAUGGACUGCUAUUUUGUGAACAGGAGCUUAAAGACGUUAGCAUUAAGAAUGGAGCAUCACAAGAAGUCGUCAUUGAUCAUUGCCAAUUGGUUGGAGAAACAUCCGAAAAUCGUCGAAGUGCUUCACCCAGGGCUGCCAACUCACCCGCAACACGAGAUAGCUAAAAAACAGAUGACGGGUCACUCGGGUGUGUUCAGUUUCAAACAUUCCGGAGGUCUCAAGGAAUCUAGAAAAUUCCUGAGCUCAUUGAAAGUGUUCACGCUGGCCGAGAGCUUGGGGGGCUAUGAAAGUCUCGCUGAGCUACCAUCUGUGAUGACACACGCAUCAGUUCCGGCGCUGCAGAGGGAGGAACUCGGCAUCACCGAUUCGCUGGUAAGACUUUCCGUCGGUCUCGAAGAUACCGAGGAUCUUAUCGAAGAUUUAGAUCAAGCUUUUAAAGCUGCAUUUUAAUUUGACAACCCUGGCCGGUACACGGGUGCGGUAGUAUAAAUUUUGUUAUUAAAAUAAGCCAUAUGUUUUAUAUGAAUUAUAACUAUUUAUGUACUUUUAUACGUGACGGAUAAUAGGGUAAUGACGUUCCUGUUUUGAUUAUAGAUAAAUAAAACAUUGAAAUUAGAGUCUAAUGUGUAAUUAAUUAAAUUUUAAAUACAAAGGUUCAAAACGAUUGUUAAUAAAACAAGGUAGGGAUGUGCCUUGUCUAUUAUUGAAUUUGAUAACGCUACUAGCUAAUUAGUAAAACAAAAGCAAUUGGGCAAUUAAGCACACGUUUCUUAAAAUGAUUGUAGUACUUACCGUCAUUGGGUGAUAAUCACGUUCAAUAUAAUACAAUAAAUAAACAGCUGCAUUUCAUAAACAAAAAUUUGCAGGGUUUUUUCUAGUAAAUUCCCUACCUUGGUUUCUGACGUUCGUAAUUAAACUAUUAUGAUUCCAUUUACACGUGUUCCUGCCGAGAUAUGUCCGGAAAGGAAUAAUAUAGGCUGUUAUUUAAUUUGUAAGGUACUAAUUGAUAAUAGCAAUAUGCCUAUUUCAUACAUUCUAUAGACAAAGAUAGUUCAAUAUUUGUUUUUAUUGAUAAAGUAUCUGCUUAAAAAUAUUUAUUUUAUAUAAAUAUAAUUUCGUUUUUAUAUAUGUUACAAUAAUAAGAAUUAAGAAUUCGAAAUAAAUGAUUGUGAUCU